CUUUAUUAUUUAAUGUCAGGACCUGUGUUUAAGGCAGCAGCCAAAUGGACUGGAAGAAAGAUCAAUGUUAAGAAUACAGUGGUUGAAUUGGACGGAGAUGAAUAAGCAAGAAUCAUUUGGAAAAUGAUCAGAGAGAGAUUGGUUUUGCCAUAUUUGAAUGUGAAUUUGGAAUAUUACGAUUUGAGUAUGGAACAUAGAGACAAGACUGAUGAUAAGGUUACUUUCGAUUCAGGAUAUGCUAUCUUAAAACACAAGGUUGGUGUUAAAUGUGCAACAAUCACAGCAGAUGAAGCAAGAGUUGAAGAAUUCAAACUUAAAAAGAUGUGGCCAUCACCAAAUGGAUCAAUCAGAGCUAUUUUGGAUGGUACAGUGUUCAGAGAACCCAUUAUUUGUAAAAAUAUCCCAAGAUUGGUUCCAGGAUGGACUUAACCAAUUGUAAUUGGAAGACAUUCAUAUGGAGAUUAAUAUAAAUGCUAAGAUGUUAAAUUGCCAGGACCAGGAAAACUAGAAUUAAUAUACACACCAACAUAAGGAGAAUAAGUUAAGCGAACAAUCUUUGAAUUCAAAGGAAAAGGUGGUGUUGGAUUGGGAAUGUACAAUACCUAUGAAUCUAUUGUUAACUUUGCCCAUCAAUCCUUUUAAUAUGCUUUGAUGAGAAAAUAUCCAUUGAUGUUGGGAACAAAGAAUACUAUUUUGAAAUAAUAUGAUGGAUAUUUCAAAGAUAUUUUCUAAGAGAUAUUCGAAACUAAAUACAAGAAAGAUUUCGAUGCCAAUAAAUUAUGGUAUGAACACAGAUUGAUUGAUGAUUUGGUUGCUUAAAUGAUGAAAUCAUCAGGAGGAUUUGUUUUGGCUUUGAAAAACUACGAUGGUGAUGUCCAAUCAGAUAUCGUUGCUUAAGGAUAUGGAUCUUUGGGUAUGAUGACAUCAGAAUUGGUUGCUAAUGAUGGUGUUUAUGAAUCUGAAGCCGCUCACGGAACUAUCACUAGACAUUACAGAGAACAUCAAAAGGGCAAGGAAACAUCUACUAAUUCAGUUGCCAGUAUCUAUGCUUGGACCAGAGGUCUCAGACACAGAGGAAGAUUGGAUAACAACUAAGAAUUGAUCAAAUUCGCUGAAACUAUUGAAUCAUCUAUCAUCCAAACUAUUGAAUCAGGAUUAUUUACCAAGGAUUUGGCUUUGAUUGUUCAUGGUCCAAAGGCUGAUAGAUCAACUUAUUUGAAUACAGAACAAUUCAUUGAUGCUGUCAAUGGAAAAUUGUAAUCAAAUCUUGGAUUUUUGAAGUGAGAUAUUAUAAUCAUCAAAUAUAAUAAAAUAAUAAGAAUUAUAUUGCUUAA